GAAGGAAGGAAGCUGAGGACUUAGCAGGGUCUAUUCCAACUGUUACCUGCUUUGUGAAGAAAGCUACUGAAGAGAUUCCCAACCACUGAAGAGAUUCUCACCUACUGAAGAUAUUCUCUUCUUCUCAUCUCCCAUUAGUGCUUUAGUUGCACUUUUCUGUCUUCAGGUAUCACUGGACAGGCCAUGGCUCCACGGUCCCAGCGACGGAGGCACAAGAAACCUCCCUCAUUAGUGGCUCCUGGCAUCAAGGCCUCACCCACAAUUGUGACCCCUGUGCCUCUGACCCCCUUAAAACCUGGCCCUAGCAUUGACACACUUGGCUUCUUCUCCUUGGAUAAUAAUGUUCCUGGCCUAUCCCAGCUGAUUCUUCAAAAGCUGAACAUGAAAAGCUAUGAAGAAUACAAGUUGGUGGUAGAUGGGGGUACCCCUGUAUCUGGCUUUGGAUUUCGAUGUCCUCAAGAAAUGUUCCAGAAGAUGGAGGACACAUUUCGAUUCUGUGCUCACUGUAGAGCACUCCCUAAUGGCCUCUCAGACUCCACGGUUCUCCGGCACUGUAAGAGGUGCAGAAAUGUCUAUUACUGUGGUCCAGAGUGCCAGAGGUCAGACUGGCCUGCACACAGGAGGGUUUGUCAAGAGCUUCGUCUUGUGGCUGUGGACCGUCUCAUGGAGUGGCUUCUGGUCACAGGUGAUUUUGUCCUACCCUCAGGACCUUGGCAUUGGCCACCUGAAGCUGUACAGGACUGGGACUCCUGGUUUUCUAUGAAGGGGUUACACUUAGAUGCUACACUGGAUGCUGUGCUAGUUAGUCCUGCCGUGACCACCUUAUGGGCCAGUGUAGGACGGCCAAGGCCAGACCCAGAUGUCCUGCAGGGAUCUUUGAAGCGGCUGCUGACAGAUGUCCUGUCACGGCCCUUGACUCUAGGCCUAGGACUUAGGGCCUUGGGGAUAGAUGUUAGGAGGAUUGGGGGAAGCACAGUGCAUGUGAUUGGUGCUUCCCAUGUGGAGACAUUUCUUACUCGCCCUGGAGACUAUGAUGAGCUUGGCUACAUGUUUCCUGGGCACCUUGGACUCCGUGUGGUCAUGGUGGGUGUAGACGUGGCUGCUGGCUUUUCACAGAGCACCUCAACUUCACCCCUGGAACCUGGCACAAUUCACCUUAGUGCCCAUAGGGGCCUCUACCAUGACUUCUGGGAGGAGCAGGUAGAGACCGGGCAGACAAACCAUCCAGAUUUGGUAGUGGCUUUCCAUCCAGGUUUCCAUUCCUCCCCAGAAUUGAUGGAGGCUUGGCUGCCUACCCUGCUGCUACUUCGUGACUAUAAGAUUCCUGCAUUGAUUACUGUUUACAGCCAUCAGGAGUUGGUAUCCUCUUUGCAGAUUCUGGUGGAACUGGAUACACACAUCACUGCCUAUGGGGCUAAUCCUUUUAUGUCCCUCAAACCUGAACAGGUCUAUUCCAACCCCAACAAGCAGCCAGUAUACUGCAGUGCCUACUAUAUCAUGUUUCUUGGAAGCUCCUGUCAGCUGGGUAAUAGCCAAUUAGAAGAGAAAGUAGAUGAUGGGAUUUAAAUAGAUUAUGACUGGACAUCUGGAAAAUGGGGAGGUUGUGAUAAAAUUACCCUGAUAAUGCCAGGUUCUUUCCAACUUUGAAAAACACUGUAUUCUAAACCUCAUUCACUGUGUGGGUAAAGAUUCUAAGCUGAAUGAGGGUUCCUGUAUAAUGUAACUGGUUUCUUUCUUUUUUUGAGACAGAGUCUUGCUGUGUUGCUCAGGCUGGAGUGCAGUGGCAUGAUCUCGGCUCACUGCAACUGUGCCUCCCAAGUUCAAGUGGUUCUCCUGCCUUAGCCUCCUGAGUAGCUGGGAUUACAGGUGCAUGCCACCACACCUGGCUAAUUUUUG